AUGGCCAAGGCUCUUGGUUUACAGAAGAAGGAAUGUUCGAUUCCCGUCGGGGCGCUCAAUGAGCUCACAACAAUUUCUGAAGGCACAGUCACCGCGACAAUUCAAUCACGAGUGAACAACUACGAACGAACGCUCACAUUCUUAACAAUUCCAGCAAUUUCUAAUCUUGUGCCCGAUCAACCAGUCAACAGAGGAGAAAUAAAAAUUCCAAAAAAUUUGAAACUUGCCGACCCAGAAUUUUAUCGUCCAGCUCCAGUGGACAUGCUGAUAAGUGCUGGAACAGCAUUAUCGUUAUUGAGUGUUGGACAACUAAUCUUAUCUUCUCCCGAUGGCCCAGAAUUAUACUUGCAAAAAACACAACUCGGCUGGGUCAUCGGAGGAAGCGCUCCUUCGAAACAGUCAUCGCGCACGAGCAACUGUUUCGUAACAAGCGAACUUCACUUCGAUCUAAAUAAAUUCUGGGAACUAGAAGAGAUUCAACACAAUGAUCGCCAAUCCGAGCAGGAAAUUCUUUGUGAAGAGCACUUUAAGCGAAACGUAUGUCGAAGCUUUGAUGGUCGCUAUUCUGUAGCGUUACCAUUUAACGAUAAAAAACCUAAAUUGGGAGAAUCUAAAUCGACAGCUUUGAAACGAUUAUACAGCAUGGAGCGGAAACUAUCCCGAGAUCGAGAAUUCAAAGAGUUAUAUGAAAACGUCAUGAAAGAAUACAUCGACUUAGGACACAUGUCACUGGUGUCCGAGUUGGAAGAACUAAGGCCGGGUUUUUACCUGCCGCAUCACGCUGUCAUAAAAUCAAGUAGCCUCACCACCGCACUCAGGAUUGUUUUCGACGGCUCAGCGAAGAGCUCUACAGGGAUCUCGCUCAACGAAGCCCUUUUCGUGGGACCCACUAUUCAAUCGGAACUAUUUACGUUACUAUUAAGGUUUCGUAAAUACGCCUACGUCAUCACCGGGGACAUAGAAAAAAUGUAUAGGCAAUUUCUCGUUAAACCCGAAGAUCGAAGCUAUCAGCGCAUACUUUGGAGGGAUGAGAACGAUGAGAUCAGAACAUAUCAGCUAAACACACUGACAUUCGGAUUAUCUUCAGCGCCAUACUUGGCAAUUCGGUGUUUACAUCAAUUAGCACAAGAUGAAGGAAAGGACUUCCCUCAAGCCGCAAAGAUUCUGCAAGAAGACAUGUACGUCGAUGAUGCGCUCACUGGAGCAGAUACAAUAGAAGAAGCUAUUGCCAUACGUGACCAAUUGACUGAAUUGCUUGAACGAGGUCAAUUGAAAAUUCGACAGUGGGCGUCGAAUUCUACUAGGAUACUGGAAGGAUUGCUCCCAGAAAGUAUCAAUAAGCAUUUACUUCUUAACGAUUCACCUACAAUAAAAACUUUAGGUUUACAAUGGAACUCAUCUACAGACAGUAUAUCAUACAAGGUAAAACCACUCACAUCACCAGCUAUCGUCACGAAACGCGCGGUUUUAUCUGAAAUCGCUAAGAUUUUUGAUCCGUUAGGACUCUUAGCCCCUGUUAUCACUCAAGCGAAAAUUCUAAUGCAACAGCUCUGGAGAUUAAAGCUAGACUGGGACGAAUCGUUGCCCGAAGAAUUGCAUACCACAUGGAUUAAUUAUCACCAGCAAUUGCAAGCGCUGAACGAGUUUGGAUUUGACCGUAAGGUUACAAUCGACGAUCCAGUCAAUAUCGAACUACACGGUUUUUGUGACGCCAGCGAAAAGGCAUAUGGCGCUUGCAUAUACGUUCGAUCACUCAAUCGUGCUGGAGAGAGUCACUCAGCGUUAUUAUGCUCCAAAUCGAGAGUAGCACCGAGUUCCGGAAUCCUCUUUAUUGGGGAUUUCAAGCGUCGGAGAGUUGAGAAACUCCAAAUCCGGAAGGAGAAUCAAUGGUUGGAGGAUGCGAACAUCUUUGAUGUUUAUUGCAUUCGAUGGUUGAUGGAGGGCCGCAUGGGGACGAUCCACCCGGAGGAGGAUUGGAACCAUCCGGCGUGGAUGGAUCCUCGCGGGAUCUAUGCCGCGUACGAUCCCGAUUAA